CGAAUGUCGCCAAGUUGCCUCGUAACCUUCACUAAGUAGGUCAGCCUGUUUUAAGAAAAAGAAAAAAGAAAAAAUGGAAAAGCAAAAUGAAUUGAAAUGCCUGGCAGGUUACCGGGGCUUAGCAAAUACGGAAGGAAAAAAACACCUGAAGGGCCGAAACUAUAAGUUGGCCAUUGAAGAGACACUGAUAGUUCUGAAGUAGGAAAAAAGGGAUGUGGUUCCGUUCUGACAUUUUGGCAAUUAGAUCAUGGCAACCAUAGAAGAAAUUGCUCAUCAAAUUAUUGAACAACAGAUGGGAGAGGUUGUUACAGAGCAGCAAACUGGCCAAAAAAUCCAGAUUGUGACAUCACUUGAUCAUAACACACAAGGCAAGCAGUUCAUUCUGACAAAUCACGAUGUCUCUACUCCAAGCAAAGUCAUUCUGGCCAGGCAAGAUUCCACACCUGGGAAAGUUUUUCUCACAACUCCUGAUGCAGCAGGUGUCAACCAGUUAUUUUUUACAACUCCUGAUUUGUCUGCACAACACCUCCAGUUCUUAACAGAUAAUUCUUCUUCAGACCAAGGACCAAAUAAGAUUUUUGAUCUUUGCGUAGUAUGUGGAGACAAAGCAUCAGGACGUCAUUAUGGAGCAGUAACUUGUGAAGGCUGCAAAGGAUUUUUUAAAAGAAGUAUCCGAAAAAAUUUAGUUUACUCAUGUCGAGGAUCUAAGGACUGUAUUAUCAAUAAACAUCAUCGAAACCGCUGUCAAUAUUGCAGGUUACAGAGAUGUAUUGCGUUUGGAAUGAAACAAGACUCUGUUCAGUGUGAAAGAAAACCCAUUGAAGUAUCACGAGAAAAAUCUUCCAACUGUGCCGCUUCAACAGAAAAAAUCUACAUUCGAAAAGACCUUCGAAGCCCAUUAGCUGCAACUCCUACUUUUGUAACAGAUAGUGAAACUGCAAGGUCAGCAGGACUGUUAGAUCCAGGAAUGUUUGUGAAUAUUCAUCCGUCUGGAGUAAAAACUGAGUCCUCUAUGCUGAUGACACCAGAUAAGGCUGAUACAUGUCAGGGAGAUUUAAGUACAUUGGCCAGUGUGGUUACAUCAUUAGCAAAUCUUGGAAAAACUAAAGAUCUUUUUCAAAAUAGUAACAAAAUGUCUAUGAUUGAAGGAUUAAGUAAUGGUGAUACCUCUUUGUGUGAAUUUAAUCAAGAAAUUCAUACCAACGGUGAUGUUUCAAGGGCAUUUGACACUCUUGCAAAAGCAUUGAAUCCCGGAGAGAGCACAGCCUGUCAGAGCUCAGUAGAGGGCAUGGAAGGAAACGUACAUCUAAUUGCUGGAGACUCAAGCAUAAAUUACAUCGAAAAAGAGGGGCCACUUCUCAGCGAUUCACAUGUAGCUUUCAGGCUCACCAUGCCUUCUCCUAUGCCUGAGUACCUGAAUGUGCACUAUAUCGGGGAGUCUGCCUCCAGACUGCUGUUCUUAUCGAUGCACUGGGCACUUUCUAUUCCUUCCUUCCAGGCUUUGGGGCAGGAAAACAGCAUAUCAUUGGUGAAAGCUUAUUGGAAUGAACUUUUUACUCUUGGUCUUGCCCAGUGUUGGCAAGUAAUGAAUGUGGCAACUAUAUUAGCAACAUUUGUCAAUUGCCUUCACAGUAGCCUUCAACAAGAUAAAAUGUCAACCGAAAGAAGAAAAUUAUUGAUGGAGCACAUCUUCAAACUCCAGGAGUUUUGCAACAGCAUGGUUAAACUCUGUGUUGAUGGCUAUGAAUAUGCCUACCUGAAAGCAAUAGUGCUCUUCAGUCCAGACCAUCCAGGCCUAGAAAACAUGGAACAGAUUGAGAAAUUUCAGGAAAAGGCUUAUGUGGAAUUUCAAGAUUAUAUAACCAGAACAUAUCCGGAUGACACCUACAGGUUGUCCAGACUACUACUCAGAUUGCCAGCUUUGAGGUUGAUGAAUGCUACCAUCACUGAAGAAUUGUUUUUCAAAGGUCUCAUUGGCAGUGUACGAAUUGACAGUGUUAUUCCACAUAUUUUAAAAAUGGAACCUGCAGAUUAUAACUCACAAAUAAUUGGUCACAGCAUAUGAAAGCUGAGCACUCAGUGUAAAAUUGUUCUUUCUCAGAACACAAGACACCAAAUUGAACUCAUGGUUUUCCAGGGCACCUGGAAAUUUUGACUUUAAAGAAUAACCAAAAACGAAGAUAUUUUUAUUUUUACUUUCUUAAGAAGAAUUUUCGAACUGACUGGGCAGGUAGCAGGAAUUAGAGUUUCCUUUCCUGUCUUAUUUAAGUGAAUAAGAAAUACUAUGAAUUUUUUCUUGGUCAAGAUGAUACCUAAAGCUGUCACCUUUUAACUAUCUAAACUAAGAUCUCAUAUCUUAUUUGGUGAAACAAAUAAACUAGUUCUUUGUGUUUUUUUUUUUUUUUUUUCAGAAUUGUGUUCUAUUCAUGUUUAACUUCAUUAUGAGCUAGUACAGAUAGGUAAUUGUCAGAAAUCUCUGAGGAUAUCCUUGUAUUUUACACUUCUAUAAUCUUUUAAUUACUUUGUCAUAAGAUUAUGGUCAAUGGUGUAAUGAUACCAUUAGAACCAGAGGAAAUCAUAAUUGAAUACAUAUUUUUUUGUCUUCUGUAAAUGUUGUGGCACCCAUAGCAUAGACCACUCAUUGCUGGCAAUGAGACAGGAUAUUCAUGAUCUUAAGACUUGACUUUUUUAGUGGUGUAUAUUAUUAGUUACAAGCACUUUUUAUUUAUGUAUACAGCAGAAAAAUUUUUUUGAGAAUAGGAUAAGCUUCAUGUUUUAAUAUUUUCAGUUUACUGCAGUGUUUUAAAAGUAGUAGAAACUGGUUGAGCCCAAAACGUUUCAGUAUUGCAGAAGAGAUCUUACUAGUGUUGCUCUUCCAUUGCACAGAAAACAUCUGUCCUCUCCCUCUUUCCUGAUCCACAUUAUAUAGUUUCCUGACCCUUCCAUGGGUGUUAGCCAAUUUCGUUUAGGUCAUUAGAAAUACAGUUUGUUAAAUAAUGGAUUUAUCAUAACCAAUCUGUGUUUUCAAGGUGAGUGAAACAAUUAUUUUAAGGCAGUUAACAGUUUUUAAAAAUAAAAUUUUUUAGUAUAUAAAGCAGUGGUUCUCAACCUUCUGGCCCUUUAAAUACAGUUCCUCAUGUUGUGACCCAACCAUAAAAUUAUUUUCGUUGCUACUCCAUAACUGUAAUGUUGCUACUGUUACGAAUCGUAAUGUAAACACCUGAUAUGCAGGAUGGUCUUUGGUGACCCCUGUGAAAGGGUCGUUCAACCGCCAAAGGGGUCACGACCCACAGGUUGAGAACCGCUGAUAAAGGAAUAUGCACUGAUUUUUCACUAUAAAGAGGGGAGGGCUAUUUUAGUAUGAGCAUCAACCUAAAGCCUUGUUAUUGCUACAACAAAAGCAUUUUAAAUUCCUUGGAUGUCUUCCAGAGUAAUGUUUUCCAUAGCAAACCUAAUGCUAUUAAAUAUUGAUUUGCUCUGAUUUCAUGAUGAAUUGUUUUAGUAUGUCUAUUUGUUGCUUUGUUAUAAAAAACAAAAUGGAGAUUUCAUUGUACUCAGAAUACAUCUUUUACAAAGAUUUUUGUAAUAGAAGAGAAGCUGAAUUUGGGGAGGCUGUGGAUUUUACUAAUUACUACUUUAUAGUAAAUUAAAAGUUUAAAAGUAUCACUGUACAGUCUUUACCAACUUACUAAGGGAAAUUUUUCCCUACUUAAAACAUGAUUUUUUUUUUUGUCAUUAGGUUUAUUUAUAAUAUUAGCUGGAGAAAACUACAAUUACUAUAAAAAUACACAAAUGGGAAAACUAGUAGGUUUAUACCUUUAUAAUCCAAAGAAGUAAGCCAAGGAUUUAGAAAUAAUGUAAGUAUGGUCAAUUAACACACAUGUUUACUGCAGGUGUUUUUCAUGAUUAAAUUUGUAGUUAUAUUUGGAAGUGUUUUUAGAUCUUAAGUAAAAUGUGACCUGCAUUAUAAA